AUGUUAAAAAUUUACCAGCAUCUGCCAUGGUUGAAUGUUCGAGAGAUAAAGAACAAGCAGGAGAAACACAAUAAAUAUAGAAAAUCUGAUGAAAAUGAAAGGAUUACUGGAAAAUCUGUUUUUUCACAUCAAAUUAAUAAGCAGUUAGUUCAACAGAGUUCAGUAAAGUGUGAAAGUAAUAGAUCAAAAUACUUUGAAACUAUUAAGGAACCGACAUGCGUAUCCGAAAACAAAGUAAACCAUACUGCUGUUAAUGCAACCAACGUUGAAACAAUUUCAGAAAAAUUGAGUCUGCCGCCUGAUAUUGGGGGAAAUCCGACAUCAUCAACAAGAAAAUCAAACAUUUCAUGUGUUCCUAUAUCAAAAUUAAUAGAAAAUUCUGAGGCUGACAACUCGUUUCCUACAUCUAUAGUACCAAUCAGAAUUUCAAAUCGCAAUAAAAGCAAAAAUAAUGAUGAGUUAGACAUAACUCCCCAACACCUUGGGACAAGAAAAGUAAAAUCUCAAAACAGCUCAACAUGUGUACCGAUAAAAAAUUGUGAUUCUAUUUCUCAUUCGAACUCAACUAUAACUGAAAUCUUUGGACUUCUGGGAGUAGAGUACGUUAUUAAAAUAAUGAAAAAUCUUAAUGAUGGAACUGCUAACUAUUAUUGUACUUUAUGUAAUAUAACGACUGAUGAGAAAACAAUGAAUAAUCAUAUACAGAGCUAUACUCAUCGUUUAACAUAUUGUGAAAAACAUUUUCCGACAGCCUUACGGCAGUAUCGGCAAUACAUUUCACAUAUACCUGAACACCACAUUUUUAAAAUACUGCCUUCAAUAUUAGAAAAAUUGGCAAAGGCUAUUGAGAAAUAUCAUGGACGUGAGACAAUUUAUCCUUGUUAUGAAUACUCGUUUUCCAAAAAUAAACAACAUAUUAUUUCAACAGUCCUUAAUCGAAAACAUGCCUCUGAAAUGCUAGGACCAGCGUUUACGCAUGUGGUAGACCUGAAAGAAGUCGAAUUGUUGAUUGAAAAUUCCAGCAAUUAUAAAUAUCCUGCUGAAAAGACUACUACCAUUAAUAACGACGACCUACUUAAUACUUUUAAUCCCUAUAAUCAUAAAAUUAUAAAUCAAAAUGUCGAAGCUAAUUAUGCCCACCAGCCUUUUAAUGAAAAUUAUAGAGUAGAGACUAUCGAUGAUGAAACUCAUAAACGAAUGGUUGAUAUGUUUUUAAGAGAGACUAGACAGAAUCAACGUUCUUGUAGCAAACAAUCGUCUGGAACUUUUAAACGUAGUCGAUCAAGAUCUAACUCAUAUGAUCGAAAGCGAAUACGUUCAAAUCGUUUUAUUAUAUCGCAAUGGAAUGUAGAACGUAAAUCUUUGUCCCCAUUAAGAGAUGAUGAUGUUUGGCAAGCUUAUAGACAUUUAGUUGACCAAAAUGUUCGUGAUUUAAAUACGAAAUAUGAUUUAUAUAUAUCAGAUCCCGAAGAGCACCCUAUGUAUAGGGAAGAGUGGCAAAAUUUCUGGAAGCGGCGUAAAGAUGAACUUAUAGCCACUGGCAUAAAUCAUAGAUCGUAUAAUUAUCAAAAUGAAUGGAUACCAUUUUUUAACUCUCGCUUGGAGGAACUGUAUAAUCGGGAUAUCGAAAAUAUCAAAACAAAAUGCCGCGAAAGGUUAUGUUUGCCAAUGACUAACGACGACUUAUUAAACUCUAAAUACCACGUUCAGACUCCCGAAAAUCCAUUGAAAUGUGAUGAAUCCAUAAAAAGCGAUGAUGUUACAAUAUAUAAUAAAAGCAAGAGCAAUGUAAAUAUUAUUCACGUACUUCGCCUUCUAACUGCACUAGAGGGACAUUUGGGAAGUUUGGGACCUAGCAUCACAGAAUUAUUAGCUAAAGCACUGCAAAUUUGUAAAUUAAAUCCAGCAAAGGCAAAUACAUUACUACUUACAAGUGAAAACUGUGCUAUCCUAGAAACAGCAAAAGAAAAAUUUACGGGUCUUCUACUUUCAAAAAUAUUAGAUCCAACUCAAGAACGCGCUUUAAGAAAGGCCAUUAAUGCUACCGAAGAAUUACUAAAGCAUUCAACAACACUACAGCUAGAACUGGAAGCCAACAAAACAGAGCACAAUAUGAAUUUACUUGAAAAUAAGCCACCUAGCAGGUUAACUGCUAAUGUGUUAUAUACAAACCAGGAUCGACUAGACACAACUGAGCUCGCUUCUAAACUCGCUACUUCUUUAAUCUCUCAAGGAAAAACAAGUAUAAAUCAAGAACAGCUUAAACAAAUGGUUCAAUUCUAUUCUAUUAUGGAGAAAAGAAAACAAGAAUGUUUCUAUAAAUAA